AUGACCGAGUAUACAGCACACUUCAUACCCUGCAAAGUCAGAUACAAUGGAGCUACCGAAGAAUUUGUCGACAAUUUUCACUGCGACAACGAGGACGAUUUAACGCUGAAAAGGAAAGAAGACGACUCGCUAAACGGUGAAAAGCUCUGCGUGAGACAUAUCAGAGGCAGGAAAAUUGUGGGCAAGAAGUUUCUUGGUUCAGAUGGCUACCAAACCUUUCUGGUCAAGACCGGAACGCGUGAAGGUGAGGACGGCGAGACCGGGCAAAUCUCUCUUGAUACAACGUCAAAGAUAGAACCCAUAGCCAAGAUCUCAUCAAUGAUCAAUUACGAACGUGAUGGCAACGAAGAGCGACUACUAGAAGAGCUGGAGAAGUUCCAGCAGUUCCUUGACGUGUCAGAUGUAAUUCAUUCAUGA